CCGCACACCGCCGGGGACGCGCCGAGGCUGGGGCUAGGGAGUUCUGAAGAAAUCUGAAAAAAAUGUCAGGCAAGUCCUCCUUGAAAAGUCCAAACACCUCAGCAAAGAAGCAGAAAGGUGGAAAGAAAGCUAAGGAAUCUUCAAAAGGAAAACGAACACAGCUUGGUGAAAAAGAUGAAGUUGAUCUUUCUAUGGCCAGUAUAGGCCACCCAGAAAUCUUUCCUUUAGUUUUCACUGCAAAGACCCAAGAGAUUUUUAGUUGUCGAGCUGAUGAAGAUGUCACAAAAGAAAAUUGUUUCAAACUUAUUAAAAAAGAGGACAUCAUUCAAGACCUGAAUACAAGAGCUGCAAUUUCUGAUUUCCACCCUGUCAAAAAAGUUGUCCUAGAAUAUCCAGGGGAAGAACUUCUGGUAGUUUUUGAUGCAAACUUCCAGUAUGGACAGAACUUUUACCUCGUUGCUUCUGAGGAAGCCAAGGAAAACCUUCUGAAGUCACAGCCUCCAGAAAAUGAAGAAGAAAAAGAAGAAGAAAAUGGAGAGGGAACUCUGGAAGUCCAGCCUUAUAAGCCUCCUGUCCCCAAACCUUGGGUUUCUCUUGGCAGUGAAAAGGAAGUUGAAGAGGAAUCUGUUAAAGAGACUGCUCUAAAGAUUAUGUAUAUGAUUUCUCAAGCACGCAGGAAGUUUGGUGCACCAAUUGAAUUUACCGAUAGGAAUGCCUCGUGCACAGCCGGCAGUUACGUUGAAUGCACAUCCUAUGAAGACAAAACUUUUAGUAUUAAAAUGCUUGAAAAAGAUAUGGGUGUACAAAUGAUUCCAAAAAUAAGAGAAGCUAGCACUCAGACAAGAUGGACUUAUCCAAAAAAUGCAGCCACACAGUAUUUUCCUAGACAGUUGUCAAAUGAAGAGAGAGAAAGUCUGUCAUCUAAGAAGCUGGAAGAAUUUCUUACAUCAGUGCAUUUAAGAAUGGAAAUUGCAUUGCAGCAAAACGAAAUUAUGAAUGCUUUUUUUGAUGACUGGAAGGCCCUAGCAGAAGAUGAAAGCAGUUCUGGUGGCAAGCCAAAUAUUUAUCUUAAAGCAUACCAAUCAUUUACAGAUCCUAAGAACAGAACUAUUAGCUGCAUUUGCUGGCAUCCAACCAUUUAUGGGAUUAUAGCAGUGUCACCAAGAGAGCAGCUUUCUUAUGAAGAACAAGUUAGCCUGUCUGAUAAAUCAUUGCUGCCACAGUCAAUAAUAGUUCUUUGGAGUUUUUCUGACCCUAUGCACCCUCAGUUAAUGUUGGAAUGUCCUGAAGAUACUUACUGCUUUCAGUUCAAUCCAAGUGAUCCCAAUAUUAUUGCUGGUGGAUGCGUCAAUGGACAGGUUGUGCUGUGGGAUAUUUCUGAACAUGAAGAAAAGCUGCAAAAUGCAAAAACUGUUGCUGAUGAUAUCGAGCUGUCCCUUGUGCAAGUUGAGCAGAGUAGCCCAGAGCUGCCUCAAGUGAAAUAUUGUGCACUUUCUUCCAGAGAGCACAGUCAUACAAAGACAGUAACAGAUAUACAUUGUCUGCCAGAUUAUUUUCAGGGCGUCCGAACAAAUGGUGCUCUUGAAAACAAAGCUCAGACUUCUGUGCAGCUUGUAACCUGCUCCUCUGACUGCUCAGUAUUAUUUUGGGAUAUUCCAGCCAUAGAACUUCUUCGACAACCUUCAUCUGAGAAAAUAAGUAUUCUAGAUACCUCUAAGCCUCUAGAUCUCUGCUGGAAACCUCUCAUGAAGAUAAACUUGUAUGACAGUGGUAUCGACACAGUGUACGGGACCACCAGAAUUAGUCUAAGGGAACUGCAUUGUCAUUACAAAACCUCAGAGAAGCCACAGUCUCUGGACAUACUGGAACUGCUCAACACAGACCGACCAGGGAUGAACACUUCAAGCAGUAAGCUGGAAGUGCUAGAAAGUAUCUCCACCGGGUUUUUUGUUGGAACUGAAGAUGGAGACAUUUUGUAUUCUGACUGGAAAGGGGAAAUCGAUAAUGACUCAGCAAAACCAGUUAGUCAGAAGCACAAUCAGAUGUACACCAUCCACACUGAAACUGUCAACACUCUCCAGAAAUCUCCAUUUUUUAAAGACAUCUUUCUAAGCAUUGGAGGCCGGAAUUUUGCCAUUUGGAAAGAAGAGGUUACAAAUGGACCAAUCCUUCAGUCAAGUUGCUCUGCAGGAAGAAACACUGCGGGACACUGGUCCUUAACAAGACCAGGAGUUUUCUUCAUUGGCAGAGAUGAUGGACAUAUACAGACUUGGGACUUAAUGAAUAAAAUUUAUGAGCCAUCUCAUGUCCACAAUGUCUCCAACUCAGCAAUCACUUUCAUCAGACCCUGGAUUGCCUCACCAAUGCAGCAUUUUUUAGCUGUUUCUGAUGAUCUUGGAGUACUGCAUGUUUUGGAACUCGGUCACACACUAAACUACCCUUUGAGGAAUGAGCGUGCCAAUGUACUCGAUUAUUUUGAAAGAGAAGCCAAGUAUCUGAAGUCCUGCGAGCAAGAGUUUCAAGAUUAUUAUGAGUUUCAACCCAAAACAGAGCUGAAAUGCACCUGGAGACCGAGAGGGAGAAAACAAGUACAACUACUCUAGGGAAAACAAAGAAGAGAUGGAGGAACAACAAAAUGCAGAUUAUACCUUGUUUCUGGACCUGGAGAAGCAGAUACUAACAGAUUUAGGACCAGU